AUGGGCUCCGUUUCUAGACCAAUUACUGAGUUUUGCCUUGAUCUCUACAAUAAGCUCAACAGAAAUGCAGAGAACACAAACAUCGCCUUCUCUCCAAUGAGCAUCUCUGUUGCCCUGGCCCUGGUCCAUCUAGGUGCAAAAAACAACACUGCUGCUCAGAUAGAAGAAGUGCUCCAUGUCGGGAAAGCUGCAGGCAGAACAAGAAUUGGAUCUGAGCUUGAGAGCGCAGCCCCAGCGAUGGAGCCAAAACCAAGCCAGGAGAGACAGCCUUCCCUCUCACAGUGUAACAAGGAUGGGGACCUUAACCAUAAAGCUUUCCAGACGCUGCUUUUACAACUACAAAACCUUGGUGAAAGCUAUGUUUUGACCCUGGCCAACAAUCUCUUUUUACAACAAGGAUUUGAACUCCGGCAGCAAUUUCUAAUGUGCACUAAAGAACUGUAUGGAGCAAUGCUGCAAACAGUGGACUUUCAAGGUGCUACUGAAGCUGCCAGAACAAAAAUUAACUCUUGGGUUGAAAGUGAGACACAAGGUAAAAUCAAGGACCUCUUUGCUCCUGGUGUGAUCACUGUAGAUACACUGCUGGUGUUGGUGAAUGUAAUCUACUUCAAAGCAUCCUGGGAACACAAGUUUGAGGAACAAAAAACAGUACAGAGAGAUUUUAAACUGAAUCAGAAUGAGAAAAAACCUGUGCAGAUGAUGUAUCAGAAAGGCAUGUUUAAAUUUGGCUACAUUGAGGAGAUGGGUGCUCAGGUCCUUGAACUCCCUUAUGCUCAGAAGUCACUGAGCAUGAUCAUCCUACUGCCAGGUGACAUGGCUGAUGGAUCUACCAGUGGGCUGGAGCAGAUUGAAAGCACAAUGACCUAUGAAAAUUUAAUGCUGUGGGCCUCUUCAGAACACAUGUUUGAGACAAGAGUGGAGGUAUACCUUCCCCGAUUCAAGCUUGAAAGCACCUUUAACCUCAAUGAGGUAUUACAAGAGAUGGGGAUGACUGACAUCUUCAAUGAAUCAAAAGCUGACCUUUCUGCAAUGUCGUUUGCAAAAUCGCUGGUGCUGUCAGAUGUUGUCCAUAAGACGUAUGUGGAAGUCAAUGAGGAAGGCACCAUAGCAGCAGCUGCUACAGGAGCUGUCAUUGUGAACAGGUCUCUUCCUCUCACAGAGGUGUUUAUGGCUGACCACCCUUUCUUAUUCUUUAUUAGACACAAUCCUACCAAUACCAUUCUUUUUUUUGGCAAACUCUGCUCACCUUAAAAGCAGGGCCAUUUUCUAACAUUGUGAGAAACACUUGGAUGAAAAUCAGAAAUAGUACUUUUUCCCCCCAAUGCGUUCUUAAUCCUUCGACAGCUACUUUGCAUUUCAAAAUAAUCACUGCAAGCAGUUUAGCUUAAGAACCCAUCAACUGGGUGCUCUGCCACUUCGCUCCUCGAACU